AUGUCUGACAACUUUGAGCAAUUCUAUUCUGAUCUCAAGAAGGUUGAGGAAAAAGAUUCGGUUUUAACGUCGGAUCAACAGAUUACGAGGCUCCUGAAACCUGGCUCCACUUACCUCAACUUGAAUCCUUUUGAAGUCCUUCAGAUCGACUCUGAUUGCACAAUUGAAGAAGCAAAGAAGAGAUAUAAACGCUUGUCCAUCUUGGUGCAUCCUGACAAAAAUCCAGAUGACAGGGAACGCGCGCAACGAGCUUUCGACAUCCUGAAGGUGGGUGAAUAUAAUUUUUCUUGGAGUUUAGGUAGAACACGAGUAAAGAAUGGGGUCCAAACUUGUGGAAAACAAUUUACUUUUAUUGAAAGAAGUUACGAUUGAUAUUUGGGGAUACCGUUUUUCAAAAAUCACUGAAGAGUGACGUCUGUAAUAAAUUUCUAUUUUUUUAGAGAGCCAUAACGAAACUCGAAGAUCCAGAUGAGCUAGCUCGAUGCAAAGAGGUCUACACUGAAGCCAGAGCUAGGUUAGCAAUUGUUAUGAGUGAAAAGAAACGAAAGCUGAGGAAAGAAGGAAAGCCCGACGAAAUUGAAGAAGAUUUUGAAGAUGGAUACAAAAAAGCCCUUUGGGUGACUGUUACUAAGGUAAGAUGGUAAUUCUUAGAGGCUGUGAGGCCUAUAGGAAGUACGAGAAAUCGACUCAUCCUAAUAUUAAUCAUUUUUGAUGAUGACCAACAUUUUUCUUUAUCCUUUUUGGAUUUAAAAAAUAAUUUAUUGAGCUUUAGGUCUUCGCCGACCGUGAAAAAAAGCGUCGCGCCAUCGAAGAGCGUCAACGCGAAGAGAAACGUCGAACGGCCGAAGAAUUACAAAAAGCGGCCGAAAAACGAAAAUUGGAAGAAGAAUACAAACAGAAUUACGAGUCCACCAGAGAUGAGAGAAGAGGAUCGUGGAGGGAUUUCAUGAAGAAGAAGGAGAAAAAAUUGGCCACCUAUCAAGGCGCAAAUUUCCGACCAGUCACCGCCAAACUUGAAACCAGCAAAGCGCUGCCAAAUCAGCCGACUAGAAAGUUCUGA